AUGGAACCACUAGUAGUGAGGGGUGACGAAGGCGGCGCGGGUUUAAUUUUAUGUUGUGAAUGUGGUUUAUCAAUUCAGCCAAAUGCUGCAAAUAUGUGUGUUGCUUGUAUACGGUCGCGUAUUGAUAUCACUGAAGAUAUACCAAAGCAAAACCAGAAAUUUGAUAUUGGUUCUCGUUUUUUUUGCUUAGGUCGAUUAUAUUCAUGCAGAUUUUGCGAACGAUAUUUACUUCCACCAAAUGCGUGGAUUCGUGCUGAACUGGAAUCGAAAGAAUUGCUUUCACUGGCUUUAAAAAAAAUAAAAUCUACUCUUCAAAAGGUUAGAUUAGUCGAUGCAUCUUUUAUUUGGACGGAACCGCAUUCGAAAAGAAUUAAAGUAAAAUUGACAAUUCAAAAAGAAGUGCUGACAGGAGCUAUUCUUCAACAAACCUUUGUAAUUGAAUAUGUUGUCCUUAAUCAGAUGUGCGAAGAUUGUCGUAAGGUGGAAGCAAAGGAUUAUUGGCGUGCAUGUGUUCAGAUUCGUCAGAAAUGUGACUUUAAAAAGACGCUUUUUUACCUGGAACAACUUUUAUUGAAAUACGGAGCUCAUACAAACACGACAGGUAUUAAACCUGUUUCAACUGGAAUUGACUUCUAUUACGCAAAAUUACAAGAUGCAAGAAAAUUAGUCGAUUUUGUUGUUUCGGUAUUGCCGUGUAAAUAUCAGUAUGCUCAGGAGCUAAUUAGCCAUGAUACAAAAAAUUCCACUUAUGAUUAUAAACAUACUUUCUGUGUGGAAGUAGUUCCUGUUUGUAAAGAUAAUGUGAUUUGUUUACCAAGAAAAAUCGCGCAAUCGCUUGGAAAUAUGAAUCAAUUUGUUGUUUGCUUGCGAGUAAAUAAUGUAAUAACAAUAAUUGAUCCAUCAACUCUACAACUUGCGGAUAUAAAUGCUCAAGCUUAUUAUCGGCAUCCCUUUGAGUCAUUGUGUCAACCAAAACAAUUUACUGAAUUUUAUGUUUUGGACGUAGAAGAUGUUGUUGAUUUGCAAAGGGAAAAAGGUCAUGGGCGAAUCUCGUCAAAGCAUCGUUUAGUUGAUGUUUGGGUUGCACGAGCAGAUCAGGUGGGGAAAACUGAUGCACCUAUAAUUUUUACUCGUUCCCAUCUUGGUAAUGUCCUUAAGCCUGGUGACACUGUCUUAGGUUUCGAUUUGCAAAAUAGUAAUGUCAACAAUAAAAUUUUGGAUUCUGUUGCUUCUGAUCGAGUUCCAGACGUCAUUCUCGUUCGUAAAGUAUUUGAUCGAACAAUGAGGCAAAAGAGAAGGAAAUGGAAACUUAAACGUAUUGUUCGAGAUGGCAAUAUUGUCCCCGAUACUGCUUCAGUAGAAAAUGAAUUUGAGAAUUUCAUGGAAGAUUUGGAAGAGGAUGAACAGCUUCGCAAAAGGAUUAAUAUUUACAAAAAAACAGAUAUCGUUGCUGAUGACGAUGAAGAUUAUGAUAUUCCAUUUUGUCCAUCAGUUGGUGAAAUGCUUGAAGACCUUGAUUUAAAUGACGUUGAAAUGGUUGAUUAA